CCCUUAGCGUUUCCUCGCCCGAAACUGCCAGUCACAAUAAUGGCUGCCGGAUUGCGCGCUGGUGUUCGUACGUAGAACGACGCGAGCUGAUGACGCUGGCCGUGAGAGUCCCAAUCGGGCGCCCGGGAUCCUGCCGUCGGCGCGUGGGGAGGGGCCGCUAAUCAGGAGAGAUGUCAGUGUGUCUGACGGAGGAGCAGAAGCGGAAGAUCGAGGAGAACAGGCAGAGAGCGUUGGCCAGGAGAGCGGAGAGAUUGGCCGCCCAGCAGAAUUCACAGACCAAUAGAAGCCUCUCAGCUCCGCUUAAUGCCCAGAUACCGAGCGGGCAGCAGGGGGUACUCCCCUCGGCCCAGAGUAUUAAUGCUACGGGCACGAGUAGGGCAGCUAAUAGCAAAUAUGCCUUCCAGAAAAGCCCCAGCGGGGGUAACACUGCUCCCUCUGUACCUGGUGCUGCUGGGAAUAAAGUGCAAGCUGUGGGCAACAGGUCACAUGAUUCCAAGUCACUCACCGACCCAGCAAAGGACGUAAAGGGCAACUACACUGUGCCAGAAGCUCAGAGUGUGCCCAGCGGGCCAAGCAAUGCCCCUAAUCCCAGGCACUUGUACCCGGCUGGCACUACCCCGGGGCAAGAAUCGGCCAAGCACUCCAACUCAUACUCAAGGCCUGAGCCACUCACUGCUUGUGAUAAUGAUACCACGGGGCCCGGGCCCCUCAGGAGUACUACAACUAUCACAAAGUUCUACGGUGCCGGCCCGGGCAGCAAACCCGCUGUGCCAGUCAGUAACAAGACUGUGAGCGAAGGGAGGGAAAGAGGAGUGACUGGCAGUGCCGCCGAGGCUGUACCGGCCAAGAAGGCAAGUGGCGCCACCCGGGGGCGCUGUGUGAAACACGCAGAGAGUCGCUUCCGGGUUGAGGUUGGAUACAGCGCCGAGCUUAUUGCCUUAUUUAAAACCAUCCCAAGCAAGAAUUACGAUCCAGCAACAAAGAUGUGGAAUUUUGGCCUUGAGGAUUAUGCCUCUCUAAUGAGUGAGGUGCAGCAGCUGCAGAGUGUGGAGCUGAAAGCCUUGGAAGGAAUGGAAGGGGUGCAGAUAGCUCCUCCCCCAGCGACCGGCGGUGGAACAAAUAUUAACGCACUGCUGGCGAUGUGCAACAACUGGCAGAGACCCAGUGCCACCCUGAGAGGCCGCUGCAUCCUGGUCUCCCGCUCUCGCUUCGAGAUGGAAAUCGGGUACCAUGCGGAAAUCAUCGGCCUCUUCAAGCAGAUGAACACCAGGAAUUACGAUACCAAGACACGGAAGUGGAGUUUCAUGCUGGAGGAUUAUCAGAAACUGAUGGAGAGUGUGCGGAACAUUCAGCAAGUGGAAGUGGAGCCGCUCCCCAGGCCGGUGCUCCAAGCCUUCGCGCCGCAGUUUGGAAAAACCACCAUCAUUCGCGAGGAGAUUCCGGAAGUGGAUUUAUCUCAAGUGGAUUCCAAGCUCGGCAGCAACUUAAUGCCCUUCCAGCGCGACGGAGUGAAUUUCGCGGUAUCGAGGGAAGGGCGCUUGCUGCUGGCCGAUGACAUGGGCUUAGGGAAGACCAUACAAGCCAUCUGUAUUGCUGCCUAUUAUAGAAAAGAGUGGCCCCUGCUUGUCGUGGCCCCUUCCUCUGUGAGGUUCACAUGGGCCGAGGCCUUCCAGCGGUGGCUUCCCUCCAUCAGGCCGGAAAGCGUUAAUGUGAUCGUGACGGGGCGGGACAGCCAGAGCGCCAGUCUCAUCAACAUCGUUAGUUUUGACCUUCUGGGGAAGAUGGACAAGCAGAUUGCCGCGACUUUCCAAGUCAUUAUUAUAGAUGAAUCUCAUUUCCUGAAGAACGUGAAAACUGCUCGCUGCAAGGCUGCCAUGCCGCUACUGAAGAGUGCUAAGAGGGUGAUGCUACUGUCGGGGACCCCCGCCAUGUCCAGGCCGGCCGAGCUCUACACACAGAUUGCUGCCGUCAGACCCAGUUUCUUCCCUCGGUUCCACGACUUCGGAAUCCGUUACUGCGACGCCAAGCAGAUGCCCUGGGGGUGGGAUUAUUCGGGAUCCUCUAAUCUAAACGAGCUGAAACUGCUGCUGGAAGAGUCGAUAAUGAUCAGACGGCUGAAAUCCGAGGUCCUGUCCCAGCUUCCCGCUAAGCAGCGCAAAAUGGUUGUGGUGGCCCCCGAGGGCAUUACUGCAAAGACCAAGGCGGCCCUGGCGGCGGCGGCAAAGGAAAUGGCCAAGGGAUUUAAGAGCAAAGUUCAAGAGAAAGAAGCUCUGCUCCUUUUCUACAACCGAACAGCAGAAGCCAAAAUCCGAUCCGUCUUAGAAUACAUUAUGGAUCUGCUGGAGAGCGGCCGGGAGAAAUUCCUCGUAUUCGCACACCACAAACUGGUUCUGGACCACAUUUGCGAAGAGCUGGGGAAGAAGGACGUCCCCUACAUUCGAAUCGAUGGCAACACCUCCUCUGCCGACCGCCAGUCCCUGUGCCACAAGUUCCAGAUGUCGGAGAAGUCCUGUGUCGCUGUCCUGUCCAUCACCGCAGCCAACAUGGGGCUGACUCUCUCCUCCGCUGACUUGGUUGUCUUUGCGGAGCUGUUCUGGAACCCAGGGGUUCUGAUCCAGGCAGAGGAUCGGGUGCAUAGAAUCGGGCAAACAAGUUCCGUGAAUAUUCACUACCUGGUGGCAAAGGGCACAGCCGAUGAUUAUUUAUGGCCGAUGAUUCAGGAGAAGAUAAAGGUUCUGGGCCAAGCCGGCCUCUCGGAAGCAAAUUUCUCAGAAACAACGGAGUCGACCGAUUACUUCUAUAAGGACCCCAAACAGAAGACCAUCUAUGACUUAUUCCAGAGAUCGUUCUCAGAGGAGGGAGCGGAGACCAAUGCCGACGAGGCUCUGUUACUGGAGGCCUGCGAGGAGGCCGACCUGGGAGAUGCCGUCUGCAGCCCCACGGAUUAUUCCGGAAAUUCCUGCAAGAGGAGGAAGAUCGACGAGUACUUUGCGCUGUGACCCCCGCUGGAAGCCAAAUGUUCAAUUGUACAGAGUUGUAAGAAAAACUGUUUUUUUUGGGGGAAUAUUUUGUAUAUAAUUUACACAAAAAUAAAAGCAGAAUUCUAAGUUUCUAACAAAA